AUGCCACAUGGUCUUCUGUCGUAUUCUGGAGAGCUCCCCCACCAUAGGUCUAGACAAGGUAAUGACGGAGUUUGCCUAAAACUAGGUAUGCGAUUCAACAGGAGUAGAGCACAAGUCAUUACAGUUAUGGCACUAGGGAUUUGUACUCUUAUCUAUUUCACGUUUAUGUUCUACUUAACUGACAAUGUUAUCAUUGAUGAUCAGUUCUUAUCUGCAGUGCCAGAUUCAGUUCUGGAAAAGAGACUUGAUUUCCAAUCUAUGGUGAUAGAUAGAAUGUGUUCAGAUGUAACCAAUGUCUGCUACACAGUCAAUGAUAUCAAAAAUGAAGAGGAAGUUAGUCGACAUCUUAUAGUGGAUGGCUUUGACGGAGAAAGUGAUACUGUGAUGAGAUUAGUCCCACCAAACAACGCACGGUUUGACACAUCCGAUACAAGGAUUUGGACUAUAAAUUAUCUAGAGAUCGACACCCAAUAUCUAGCAGCGCUACUAGUUAGUCCUUUCCUUAUAUCAGCAUUGUCAUUAGAGAAGAAUGCUGAUGAAGGUAAAUCAAUAUUGGAAAUCGGAUUAGGUGGAGGAAGUUUCAUGAUGGCUUUGAAUCAUUACAAACCUGAGGUUAAUAUAACAACGCUAGAGCUUGAUCCUAUUGUUUUACAAUUGGCUCAUAAAUGGUUUGGCAUUACAGAUAAUGAGCGGAGACAUGCAAUUUUAGGUGAUGGCUUAGACUAUUUGAAACAAAUGAACAAAACAGGCACGAAGUUUGAUAUUAUUGUGUUGGAUGCAUGCGACAUUGACAUCCAAGUCCCUUGCCCUGCGACGGUUUUCCGGAACAGGAAAAGUGUACAACUGAUACUCGACUCUCUCAAACCAUCAGGCGUUGUGCUAGUGAAUAUUCUCGCCUUUCCGGAAAGAGAUGGAUCGCCAAUUGAGGUAGUCGGUAUGUUCUCUGAAGUCUUCCAAACAUGUCUGCAACUCAAAAUGACUAAAGAGUAUAAUAUUAUCAUGAUCUGCAUGUCAUAUACUAUUGGAGAUGUUAAUCAGCAAAUAACUUUCUACCAGUCUCGUUUACAAGCUGUCACAGAAGCACUAUCAGUCACUAACAUUUUACAAAACAUUGAGGUUUCGAAGAACUAA